CGGAAAUUGAAACGCUGUAAUUUUGGCGGGAACACCAUGGACCGCUGCCUGGAAGAGAUCUCGUCAACCGUGCUGGACGCGGGCGAGCCCAUCUCGUACCGCACGCUCAGUAUCCGAUCGCAGGUACCCACCGCCGUCAGUGCCGAGGCGCUCUCCAGCUUCUCGGCGGACAACGACAGCGUCAAGGCGCUGCAAGUGCUGAUCAAGCGUGCAACCAUCGACAAGGACAGCGACAACUCAGAAACUGCUAUCGCUAAGCGCGACCCGAGGGCUCGUGUGCUAUCACUAACUGUGAGCAGCCAGGGCAAAGCCGACGAUGUAUUUUGCCAGCAGAUCUACGCCCUCUAUGGUGAUGCAGCAAACGACACAGACCAAGCAGCCAUUGCCACCGUCUGUUGGGCGCAAGAGCGCCAGGCGCGCAACGACGUACUGCGGAGUGUAGCUAAGCACGCUCCACUAUCUGCAGCUGCCAAGGCUCUGUACGCAAGCGGCGUCAAGUGCGCGGAGGCUACAGCACGCCAAGACUUUGGUGACGACCAGGGCGAGGAGACCAUCUCGGCCUUCGACGCCAUCAACGCGUCGGCCAAGAAGAAACCGUCGUCCGGUUCAUUCUUCAAGAAUAGUGGCAAGGCCGGCUUCUCCAAGGCCAGCAACUCGAGAAAUGGAGGAGCUAAGACAACGAGUAAGCCCGAGGCCAAGAAGCUGGAUAUGAGCAACGUGCUGACAGUCGACAGUGACGACGAAGAGGACGACGAGACGGACGCUCCUGUGUUUGUCAAAAAGACCACAAGUAAUAAAAGGAUCAUCAGCGAUGACGAGGAUGAAGAGGACGAAGCUCCAGCACCAAAGAAGGCGAGUACGCCGGCAGCUAAGAGUCGUAACGUGAAGAGGAAGCUGAAUGCAUCACCUGCUAAGAGUAAGAAGACACAGCAGGCUGAGGAACCGGAGGAGACUCAUAAGAAAGAACGCGUGGAGUCGGAGGAUGAAGACGAAAUCGUGGAGGAACCCGUUAUCGCAACCAAGAGGCGAGUACUCGUUUCCAAAACUCGCAUCAACGAGCAAGGCUACAUGGUCACGGAGAAGACGUACAAGGAGGUGGAGUUGACACCGGAUGAGAUUGAAAAAGAGCAGAAGGCUGCCAAGAAGAAGCUGGAGGAGAAGAAGAAGAAAGCUGCUGCCGAAAAGGCCGCCAAGGCCAAGAAGGAGGCCAAAAAGCACAGUGGUCCGCCUAAACAGCGCGACCUGCGCUCCUUCUUCUCGGUCAAAUAAAGAGCGCAGUAAUAACGUGUAGACGCAAUGCCAAUAGCUGCAAUAGUAAGUGGGAUUUCAUUGUUAUAGGUCACACAAGGCACUGGCAGCAGGACAAGCGCUAAGACUGCCAUUCCUCAUCUACUACUCCAUAUCCUCGUCUUCCUCUUCGUCAUCCAUCUCGUGGAACAUGAACUCGCGCUGGUAUUCCAUGAGGAACUGCGUGGAGCGCUUGACGUCGGCAAACAGCGAGUAGACUCGCUUGAUAUCGGGCACAUCCACCUCUGUACCCUUGCGCUUGGAGCAUACGAGCGACGCUGUGAUGAUCAUAUGAAUGGCAUAUCGCAGCGACGUCUCCACAGCGAUACGCGUGAGCAGAUCCUUCGCUUCUUCAGUCAUCUCCACAUCUUCCUCUUCGCAGCGAAUGGUCAGAAUCUUACGCAUCUCGGACUCGCUGUAGGGCUUCGUAGGGAUGAUCAUCAGUCGGUCCAACAGGUCGAUGGGAAUACCGUGAGGACUCUUGUAGUUGGUGCCGCGAAUGCGGGUAAUGCCACGGUUCGUUGCGAUGAUAAGCACGGGAGCCAUGUCGCUCUCUAGCGCACGA